AUGGCUCCCGGAUAGCCCAAAUAUGGAUUUCAAAUAUACUAACCGCAUUCGGCCCAGUUGACGAACCAUCCGGUUCAAAUAGUCACAAAUUUCUAUGGAUAACCCACAGUAAUGUAUCCACAGAACCACAUCUUACCUCACUAAGGAAUUAUAAUACAACAAACCCCUCUUUACAAUUAGGGGUACACCUCGAACUAGCCGUAAAUAUUGAGUGUUGCUGGAAAUUAAAAUAUGCCGUAGAAUCAUAAAAACUCGGCUGUGUUUUCAAUGCACUCCUCAGAUUCCUUCUCAUUAAAAUAUAACAACAAUAAGCACAGCUGUUCAGAUGGUUAAUACGGUGAAAAGACUUAAGAUGCAGUAUAAAAUUAAAUCUUUGAUAAUAAGAACCUUUUCUUUAAUUAUGGAAAUAUGUCAGCAUCUAAAGAUAAUGAAGGACUAAAUCAAAAUUUUGGGGAAAACAAUUUGAUUCAACACCCCUAGCCUCAUCAAGUAGUUUAGAAUGACUAGAUAGAUGAGCUUUCAACAAAUUCUAAUUAAUAAGAUAGGCCCUUUAAAAAAAUUGAAGACUUGGACUCAAACAAUAUAGAAGCUAUCAAGGAAAAAAAUAAAAGAGAUUCUCGAGGAAUCGUUAAACUUAGAAGGUAAUAACAAAACAUGAUACAAAAGUUGUAAGUAGUAAAGUCUGCACCAGUAUUGGCUAAGAUAGAUGGUUGCUUCUACUAUAAAGUCAAGGAAAUCAACAAGACCACAAGAAGACUGAACUCCGUUCUCAUCUGUGCAGAAUGCCAAAAACCUUUCACAAAGAAAUGUAAUCUUAUUGAUCAUCUCAGGGUUCACUCCGGAAUGAAGCCCUUCCAAUGCAACAUUUGUGCGAAAUACUUUAAGCAGAAGGCUCAACUGUCCAAACAUUGCAAGAAGCACGGCAAUAAGAGAGCUGGUUAGUAGUUGAGAAAAAAUUCGGAUUAGUCCUAAGAUCCCUCAACCUUGAUUUCAAAUUAAGAGGAGACUUAAAUUGCUUCGAAUAAUGAUUAAGACAUUCAAAUUAAUGACUAAUCUCUUCAAGAUGUGAGUCUCCCUUUUGAUAGUUUCAGCAAGGUUUUGCUUCCUUGCUUUGAAUAGCUAGAAGAAACUCAUUUCGUCGUUGAUAAAAUAAGAAAAGAUAGCGACAACAUGGAGAAAUAGGAGAGUUACUAAAUAGCUAAAUCUUUCUGCCCUUUCCAGAGAGAUUUGAACUUACAAAAUCAGGCUUCAAGCACUGACAAACUAAGCUAAAUUAAAAUGGCAAAUACUGAUGAACACUCAGAACAACUCUGA